UACCACAGUACCAAUAACUGUGCAACUAGGGUAUUUUGGCGGAAACUAGUGUUACCAUGGUAAAACUGUAGCAAGGGAUUUCCUGUUGUUUUGAGGAUCUGCCGUUAGAUUCGGUCGAGACGGGACUCGUGCCUUUGCCACGUUACACUACAUUGCGUUUGGUUCAAAUGUGUUCCCAGUAAUUUCUCGGUAAAGUGCCGUAUUUCCAUUGAUUCAUUCAAGUAUUUGAGCUGAAGUAGAAUAAUCGCAAGAAAAAGAGCUGUCGCUAUCUCUAGUAAUAGAUCGUCAGCACACAUUAGUUUCCAAAUCUCAAGAAGGAUAGAUAGUAUUAUUGUAUUUAGUCUAAUAUAGCGGAAGUGCAUUAUGCAGAGUGGAGCCCCGUUUUCUCGCUCGCAAAUAAAAUAAUGGGAGAGAAAUGAGAAGGAAAACAAAAGCCCAGCGAAUUCUUGACUACGAGAAUGAAGAGGACGACGAAGAGGAACAAAAACCGGACUGCUUCAGUAACGGUGCACAGAAACGGAGAAAAAUAUAUCCAGCCAAAGAGAAAACGGAAGAAAAUGAAUCGUCCGACAGCGGGCUUCAGAAGUUAGACACGAAGGUUAAUGAGCUGGAUUGUUCUUCUGCAGACCUUUACACUGACAGCCCUCCUACUUCUGAGUCUGAGGAGGCUCAUUAUUUACAGUCAUACUCGAAGAAGGAGCUCAUUGCCAUGGUCAUAUGCAUGCAGAAGGAAAUGGAGGACUUGAAGGAACAACUUAGGUGCCUUACAGCAUGUGGAAAGCUGGCCAGGAACCUGGAAGCUCUGAUCGAGAAGACCCAGAUGUGGUCAAAUGGGGACAAUGGGACUUCUCUCCCAGUUUCCCCAGGCAUAGCACAGGCACCAGCUGAGGUGGAUGCUGUGAUACCAGAAGCACUGUCUGCUCCAGCUGCUGUAAAUGGGCAGUGGGUGAACCAGGGGCCAGGAACACAGAAACCUCAUGAGAUUACUCAGAAUGCUCAGAGGGAUGGGCUCUUCACAGAGUUCAUCACUCCUGAACUUUUGGAGAGAUGUAACACGGGCACCACCGCCCAGAAACUGACCAACGACCUGCUCCGUGGACUCUAUGAGAGAGACUGCCUUGCUUCACACUCCAUUUCUGGAGUUGUGUACAACAAAAAGGGCCAACCCAAGCCUGCUCUUCCCAGCGAAGAGGUUCAGGCAAUCCUGAGAACUGUUCAGUAUUUCUUUCCUGGCAAGACUGAUGCAGAGAUCAAGGGCUACAUCCGACAGAAAUUGCAAAAUGAAGCCAAGAGGUUGAGGAAGAAACCUUCAAUCUCAGGCCAAUAUGAGUCUAGAGUUAGUCUAUCAAGCCCCAGGUCGAGCAGUCUGCACUUAGAUAUGAUUGACCAGGAUUGAAAUGUAUGGUUAGUGGAUAUCAGUUUUGUGUUUUGCAUUAAAGUAGCCUUAUUCUGUGUUAAUUAUAAUUAAAGGUUAUGGACUUGAGUGAAAUUAAUGUGCUUUGACAGUCUUCAAAGAAAGCCACAAUGAUCUCUUGCAGCAGUCUCUUGGCUACUGACGGUUGUGGCGUUAUUGAUGUGAAAAUGCAAAUUAGUGAUUCCAGAGAAGUCCAAAUUUUGCAUUCACAAAGGCCACUGGCUGUUAUGAGCAGUCAAUGCUUGAAUAUCAAUAUGUUUAGAUAUAAUAAUGUGUCCCUGUGAAUGUCAGUUUUUUAAUACUUUGUAUUUAACAGAUGUGUAGACUGAGAAAAUAUCAGUGUGCAAUGAAAGCCGUAGAGUUUGACUAUUAUUUACAUUGUAUUUUCAAUGUUUUUCUUAUUUGAUGAUGGUCUUUAUGAGAACAUAGCUUUAUGUAUGUAGAUUUUUGUUAUUAAAUAAUGAAAACUCAA